AUGAUAGUGUGUACAAUCCUUGCUGUCUUCCUUCUGACCUGUGUGCAAGGUGAAAGCACAGCAACAGUGAGUUCUGAAUGCGCAGCCUCCCUGAACAAAGCACGACAAUACGUCAUCAAUCCUUGUGGGGGGCCAUGCCCGGCCAUGAGCCGUGACGUCAUGAUAAUGCAAAUGAAAGAGAUAUCAAGAAGAGCUAAUCUGGAAAUCGAACGAUAUCUUAAACUAUUUGAUGCUCACGGGUUCCUACUUCCUUUGCAGCUGACCAACCCCAAACUAGAUUUACCAACGUUCAAAAAGAACCUCAGCUUUGAAGAUGAAUUUAUACAAGCGUACAAGGAUUUAUCAGUAUAUUUUUCCUACUGUGUGCAGAUAGAAGACCUUGAGCGUAAAUUAUCUCUACAGACAGAAAACAUUCGUUAUAUAUUGACCAUCGAGUCCGACGUGUUUCGUUUUAUGCGUGUAAUUAUGGCAGGAAAAGGACGUGAACAAAAUAGCCCACCUUUGUCACAAAAUAUUUAUAAAUGUCUACCUGUGGAACCCAUUGUAUAUUUAAGAAGACUGCAAGCAAGAACCGUUCUACAACAUCUGAGUAUAUAUUUUCUGCAAAUGAACUCUUAUCUGAUGUCGGUUUAG